AUGGGUGCAUCAAUCUCAGCACCAGUUCCUACAAUCAAGCAGAAAUGGAGAGACCAUCCUCCUUCUUCUUAUUCCCUCAAGAUUCACAACUUCUCACAACUUGAAAAUUCGACUGCCUCCUUUGAUCAUAAAUAUGAAUCUCGUUUCUUUUCCUCUGGUGACCCAAAAGGGAACGUAAAGGACAAUGGGAGUGGAUUUAUUUCGAUGUACGUGGAAAUCGACAGCACAAGCUUGGUAUCCACCCCACCAACUGAGGUGUUUGCGAAACUCCGUUUCUUUAUCUACAAUAAGAAAAUAAACAAGUACUUCACUAUUCACGAUGUUGAGGUAAAGCGGUUCAAUGCUCUUAAACUGGUGUGGGGGUUGCUAAAAGGAGGUCAAUGUGAGUUUGGUGUUGAUGUCAUUGUUCCCCCACCCCUUACCAAUUGGGAGAUCGUCUCUUUUGAUGAGAAACUACUCUCUUACCCUAAGUUCUCGUGGACUGUUAAGAAUUUUUCUGAGUUGAAAGAGGAGAAUUACACAUCAAACAGUUUUUCAAUGGGAGCAACGAAAUGGGUUCUAAAGAUGUUUCCGAAGGGCGACUCCAGAGCAGAUGGCAAAUAUUUAUCCAUUUUUCUGCAUUUAGCUGAUACUGAAACACUCAAACCAGAUGAGAAGAUUUUUACGCAAGCACAUGUCAGAAUUCUAAACCCGCUUGGAUCCAAUCACGUGGCAGGCCAAUUGAUUUACUGGCAUGAGAAAUCAAACUUUGGUUGGGGUUGGUAUAAAUUUUUGUCUUUAGCUAAUCUUCGGAAGACUUACUUGGACAAAGAAGACGCUUUGAAAGUUGAAGUCGAGUUUGAAGUUGUUUCUGCAACCAAAUACUCUCCCAUCAUCUAA